AUGGCCGCCCGUCGGAGCCCGAGGCGGAGGGGGCGCCGGGGGGCGCCUGGCACCGCCCUGCUGGCCCCGCUCGCGCUGGGCCUGGGCCUGACGCUGGCCUGCCUCGGCCUCCUGCUGGCCGCGGUCGGCCUGGGGAGCCGGGCGGCGCCGUCGGCCCAGGAGCCUUCACAGGGGGAGCUGGUGGCUGAGGAGGACCAGGACCCGCCGGAACUGAAUCCCCAGGGACAGGGAAGCCAGGGUCCUGCAUCUUUCCUGAACCGACUUGCGCGGCCCCGCAGAAGUGCAGCUAAAGGCCGGAAAACCCGGGGUCGCAGAGCAAUUGCAGCCCACUAUGAAGUUCACCCACGGCCAGGACAGGAUGGAGCACAAGCAGGUGUGGAUGGGACGGUGAGUGGCUGGGAAGAGGCCAAAAUCAACAGCUCCAACCCACUGCGCUAUGACCGCCAGCGCGGGGAAUUCACAGUCACUCGGGCUGGGCUCUACUACUUGUACUGUCAGGUGCACUUUGAUGAGGGGAAGGCUGUCUACCUAAAGCUGGACUUACUGGUGGAUGAGGCCCUGGCUCUGCGCUGCCUGGAGGAGUUCUCUGCCACAGCAGCCAGCUCUCUUGGUCCCCAGCUCCGCCUCUGCCAGGUGUCUGGGCUACUUCCACUGCGGCCAGGGUCCUCCCUGCGGAUCCGCACUCUCCCUAGGGCCCAUCUCAAGGCUGCCCCCUUUCUCACCUACUUUGGACUCUUCCAAAUUCACUGA